GUCUAUCAAUUAUUAUAGUUUUUAGGUUUGAGCCAAGGUUGAGUUACCAUGGCGGCGUUAACGCAAACACUCGAAAAAAAAUAAACAAUGAAAAUGAAGAAACGUGCAUUGUCCAUAGAAAAUAGUACAGAUGGGUUCACCACUGGGUCUUUGAACUGGCUGCUUCAUGCUCGCUACGUGAGGGGAGAACAUGCUCAAUGCCUGGAGCUUGCCGAUGACUUGCAGAAGAAGCAUGAUAAUAAACAUAGAUAUGCACAUUACAUUAAGGGCUCCGUUUUGGCUGACGCUGGGCGACUUCAGGAGGCCCUGGAGCGGUACCACAGCUGCAUCAGACUUUACCCACAAGACCCAGAGCCCCUUAAGCAAGUCGCUAAAUGUUUAUCGCGUCAGCAGAGGUUCCAGUUAUCGCACGAGGCCUACAUAGAAGCGGACAAGUUAACAAAACAUCCAGAUCCUGAUAUUUACUGUGCUUUGGCGGAAUGUUCAUGGAACAUAGGGGAGCUGGAGCGCGGAGUGGAGUGGGCGCGGUCCGCCGUGCAGGCGGGCGGCGGCGAGCGCGCGGCCUCGCUGCUGGCGCGCCUGCUGCUAGCCGCCGACGACGUGCCCGGGGCAAUGGCGGCCUACGAUCAGGCGCUGUCAUCACAUGCAUGUGGAGCGGACACAUUAGCAGCGGCCGGGGCGUUACGUCUGCGGGCUGGUGACCCUCGGGGCGCCUUCCAGCUGCUUGGAGCCGCCCUCGCCCAGCAGCCGACGCAGCACGCCGCUGCCCUGGCCCUCGCGGCCAUGAUGCUGCAGCACAAAGACGUAGAUGCCGCCCUAGCGAGGCUGAAAGCUGCCCUAACAGCACACCCAACUUGUGUAGCUGCCCACGCUAAUUUAGGAUUAGCAUUAAUGGCGAAGAAAAAGUAUAUUGCUGCGUUAACAUGUCUACAACGUGCUGCCUGGGCGGCGCCCCUCAGUGCGCGAGCGGCACACAACCUGGGUGUUGCGCUGCUCGUGUGCAAGCGUCCUGCCUCCGCCUUCUGCAGGCUCGCCACUGCCGCAGCUUUGCAGCCAUUUCAGCCCUACACGGUGCUGUUGAUAGGCAUAGCAUUGGAGCGUCUUGGUGACAGCAGAGCCGACGCAGCGUACUCCCGCGCGGUGGCGCUGGCGGGGGACGACCCUCUCAUCAGGAUCAACAUGGCGGGGCGCCACGCGCGCGCCGGCAGGCUGGCGGAGGCCGAGGACGAGGCCGCUCUCACCGCCGAGCUGCUGCAGAGGGAGGAGCGGCCGGAUGCUCAGUUGACCAGUUCGUUGGCGACGCUUAUGGCUCUGCUUCGUGACGCUGGAGUGGAGUUGUCUCGACAGCCGCCAGAAAUCCCCAAGGAUGAUGAUGAACCGGCCACAGAAGUUGCGGAAGAUGAACACUUGGCUCCUGAUGAAGUUUGAGAAAAAAACCGGGAGCGAACAGUUACAAGAUCCAAAAAAAUGCACUUUCAAUAGUUAUUAAGAGUAUUUUCAGUACACGUUAUUUAGAACUUGUUU